AUGAAGAAAGAAAUGAAAAUUUUUGAAAACAGUCCGACUUGUGUCAUUGGUAAGAUGCUGUUACGAAGUUGUAUCUUAUUAUUAUGUACGUCUUUGGUUAAAGGGGGAAUAGAAGAUAUUCGUACGAAGGAUUCGAAAGGAAAAUGCAUUGGCAACAUAGUCAAAAAGUAUUUCAAACGUAGCAACACCAUAAGUUUGGUUCACAUGGGAAAUCAUAACGAGCUUGUCAAAGUGUUGAACACAAUGCAAUUGAAAACAAUAAUAUCGCGGAGUCCGCAAAGUAAUAUGACUAUACUGAAUGAACACUACGUAAUUGAUGCAAACAGUUCUACGUAUUUUAUAAAACAGUUCAGAUAUCUUGUUUAUGAAAGACGCUGGAAUCCUACCACGCGAUUCUUAAUUCUUAUAAAAAACCUCAACGUACACGACCUUUAUAAUGUAUUUGAUAUUUUACUAAGGUAUCACGUCAUCAAUAUACUUAUCCUGAACAGCACUGCGGAUCCUGACAUCUACACAUACAAUCCAUUCGAGAACUUUGGAUGCGGUCGACGAUACGAUAGAAUUAUUGAUUUGGGGAAAUGUUCUAAAUCGUAUACCAAAGACCUGUACCCUGACAAACUAAUAACUGGCUUAAGGAACUGCACUUUCAAUGUGGCGUCAACACAUUGGCCACCUUUCUCUAUAAAAAGGCCAAUUAAUAGUACUUAUAUAAUGGUCGGGAUAGAAGAGUAUAUAUUCAGAAUAAUAAGCCAACUAGAAAGUUUCAAUAUUAACGUAACUUUUAUCGGUGAUGGAGAAAAAUUCUCGACAAUAUCCGAAAAUAUGUCAAUUGAUGGACCGUUGAGUUUUGUACAAAAUGGAGCCGACAUGGUAUUUGGUGGACUGGUGUUAGUGGAGGCAAGGACGGACAUGUUUGAAUUCAUAUAUUUACACCUGUUGGACCAAGAUUCGCUCGUGUACCUGGUGAAGAAAGCAGGGCGUGUGCAGCCUUGGAGAAACAUGUAUUUGGUAUUCCAAGUAGACGUCUGGUUAACGUUAUUCCUCAUAUUUCUAUUGUAUUUUCUGCUAUUCGUUUUAUUUUUUCGCCCUAAGGAUAAAUCUUGGGUUGUUCUGAAGAUGCUAUCAUUCAUGUUUAGUAGCGGCACAGGUAUUCGGGGCAGCUUUUUCAAGAGAUCCAUAUUCAUAGCGUGGGUUUGGUGUUCUUACUUCUUCAGUAGCUACUAUCAAUCGACCUUCUCGAGUGUCACGACCCACCCAUUAAUGGAACAUCAAAUCGCUACCGUGGAGGACCUGGAAAGAUAUAAUCUGAAGUCUUGUGUGAGUGAAACCAUAUUAGACUACAUAGAGGCAACGUUACAUGAUAAACAGCGGUUUGAAACACUUGAACAGUGUAAGUUAUAUUUAGACAGCAUACAAUUUGUCAGUCAGUCGGAGCACGAAUAUUUUACGGUUGUGCAUUUUCAUAAAUACCAAUAUUAUAAAUUAGACUAUUACAACGAAUACGGAGAGGAAACGAUGUACAAAUUAGACAAACCAAUUUACAGUUCCUUGAACUGCAUUUACUUCUACAAAGGUUUCCCAUUUAUCGACAAACUUCAAAUGUAUGCGUUGCGAGUGAGAGAAAAUGGUAUGAUCAACGCUCACAUGUCACGACUGUAUAGGGAGUUCCAAAUACAUUAUAAGUUUAAAACCAAGGAUAGCAAGGAGUUAGAAGUUCUAGUGCCGUGGGGUAUAUUAGGAUUAGGAUCUUGCCUGUCGACUCUUGUAUUUGUGGGGGAGAUUUUAAUUAAGAAAUUUAACGAUAAAAACAAGUCUAAGUAA